UGGUGCUGCGACACCACAUCUGAGCAACUCUUCCGUCCCAUUCUGAAAAAUGGCUGAAGAGGAGGCCGCGCAAACUUCUGUGGGAAUUCUGCAAGAAAUUUACACUUCCCCUCUGAAUCUCAGUUUGUUGUGUCUUUGCCUGUUUCUGCUGUACAAGAUAAUUCGCGGAGACCAGCCUGUAGACAUGGGCGUGAUCGAAGAGCCGUUACCAAAACUAAAGAAGAGGGAUUUCACGAUAUCGGAGCUGCAAGAAUACAAUGGAACAACAAAUCCAAGAAUUCUAAUGGCUGUCAAUGAGAAAGUGUUUGACGUGACGAGAGGGAAGAAAUUCUACGGUCCAGAGGGUCCGUACGGGGUGUUUGCGGGUCGGGAUGCAUCCCGGGGCCUGGCCACGUUCUGCCUGGACAAAGAGGCUCUGAAGGACACGCACGAUGACCUGUCUGACCUCAACGCCAUGCAGCAGGAGAGCCUGAGCGAGUGGGAGACGCAGUUCACCCAGAAGUAUGACUACGUGGGCAAGCUUCUGAAGCCAGACGAGGAGCACACGGAGUACACUGAUGAUGAGGAGGUGAAGGAGAAGAAGACGGAGUAGGAGAAGACUGAGUAGGAGAAGACUGAGUAGGCCUCAGUGCAGGAGAGAGAUGAAGCUUCAACGUUAAUCCCUGUGAUUCUAUUCUGCUGCCAUUACACACAGUGCUGAGUCCCUUCUUUAUCAGACAGUCACAUCUCCUGUUAUGCGUCUUUCAUUCAACCUAAUUUGCCUUUGACCUCCCAAAAGCUGUCCAAUGGUAGAUUUAGGUUGUGUAGUUGCAGCAAUUUGAGCAUUGCUGUAGUUUCUCUGAGAAUACUGCGUUUGUAGGUGUUGUGGUGGCAUUCAUAGUUGGCAGGUUAUGUGAUGGUUUCGAGUGCUGCAAUACCUGCAUAAGGGAACAUGGCUCUUUUUUACUGUAAUGUUCUGGGUCUGCCCAUCUGUUUAUUUUUGUGAGUAUUCUUUGAAUGAAAAUUACUCAAUAAUACAUAGUUGCUCAAUGUAUUUCUUGGUUGUUAGAAAUAUGAUCAGAAUGGGAAGCACAUUGUUAGAACAUAACAUUCCGUUAACUUGGUUCACAUGUUUUAGCUUUGUCAUUCCUGCACCAGGGUUAUUCCGUUAAAAAUUCAUUUUUUCCAGCACAAAAUAAACUAUUUUGGCCACACUUCAACAAAAAAAAUAAAGCAUACCAUAAAACCAACCAUUCACACUUCCCCUGACAUAUGGGAUGAAUUGACCAGUGAAAUUACUGACGAACUCGGCAAUGAAAUUUGGACCAUUUUCUACCUGAAAAGAUUAAUCUUUAUAGUCGGACUGGUUUGUCUGGAUUCUGUGCUUAUCCUCACCCAGGAGUUGUUUUCCGUCUUGUGAAAAGAGUGUUCUCCUGUUGUGCUCUCUCACCACACAGAUAUUCACUGAAAGAGAAAGAAUCAGUACAAUACUGUAUGUUGGCGCUUACAAAAUCAAGUAAAAAAUCUUCCAGCUUCCUGUCCAAGCCUGUGAAAAUGACUGCUAUCUCAGCUUCAUUUUCAUUUAAAAUAUAUUCCCAACGAUCCCGUUUCAAUGAACAAAUGACACUUUUCUGUUGCAGACCUGGAUGUGUCAUUUUGAUUCCAUUUUAUAAUAAAAAUAUACAGAUUAUUUUGUAUAUUCAGUGCUCCCUUUGUUUGAUGCUUGGCCCUGUGAACAGUUCGUUAAGCUAAAGGUCUUAGCAUGUUCCUGCUGUGUGUGUUGGCACAGAGUUGAAGGUCAUGGCUGGUUCUUGGACAGGUCGGGUCCCUUGCUUGUUUCAUUAGGAGCUUAGACAUGGCUCUUGGACAUUUUGUGAAAUUUUGACGUGAAGUUUGCGAAUCCACUGCGCUCAGUGUAUUAUAGGAUGGGAAAACUGGUGUUCGCUAGCUGUCUGUUCCUUAUUUCUCACAUGCAUUAGGAAUUGCAGCAGCCUGAAGAAAAUGUGAAAUGGACAAUUUGCUGAUAUAAAUAUCUGAAAGGUUCCAGGCUACCAAGCCUUUAACAUGUGCACACCAUAUUGUCAUUACAAAACACCAAAAUUAUAAAAAAUGAAAUAAAAACGAUAUUGGCAAUAUUAUAGACAACAAAAUUACAAAGUAGUCUAAAAAAAUGAGAUUUUCUCAUGAGGGUUGUUGGCCACUAUAAUUAAGAACACGAUGACACAAAAGAUGUUCGCUCUCACAAAUACAAAUACAAUGUGAGCACAAGUCCACACUGUUCUCAAACAUUACUUUGUCAAAGAAUGAUUCAUGGUAACUAGUGGCAGCAACAUUGUGUUUGUGUUGCUGAGUUUGUUUUGUGUUACAUCAUUUGAAAGUGUAUUUGCCAUCGUUCUCCUCUCCGUUUGUAAUCUAAAUGAAAUAAAUAUCUCUACUGUGAACCUUGGCGAGUCACUUUUUGGAUACAUUUGGAAUUUUAGAAACCUGGAAUGUAAAAAAAUAAAUGAACUUUUUUCCUUUUUAAUGCGUUUACUACUUGUUAAUUUUUUAUUUGUCAGACUUAUGCUAAUGGUUAGCUGAAUGCAUUUGCAUUUGCAUGAACAUUCCCAAAAUGAUUCCAUGAUUUGCAUGCAGUUUUUUAUACUCUAUUUUUGGAAAAGCGUUUGAUUGGCAUGUUCAGAAUUGAAAUAUGCAAUAGAUUAAAUAAAAUAAUCAUGGUUAAUGGAGUCUUAAAAAACUUAACUGAAUUUUUGAAUCAACAUUAGUGUUGAGUGCACUAUUCUUAAAGAACAUUACUUUAAAAAGUCACCAUGAUCUGGGGGAAUAGCACAAAAGACUCCCAAUUCCCAUCAUCAGUUUGUCUGCUUUGGGACAGGUCAGUGUUUUACUGGUGUCUCAAGAGCCGUGGUGGCAAAUGAUGUCUACAUUAACACUCCUGUGUGUAUCUAAACUGAAUUAAAGCUACAUUUAAAGACC